CCACAAGGUUUUUCUAUUAACUAGCUCAUAAGUUCAACCCACUGAUUCACUUUCUUCCCCCCCCCCAUGGAUUCCAAAGAAUUCUCUUUUUUUUUUCUUUUUUGUGGUGCUGGGGAUUGAACCCAGGGCCUUGUGCAUGAGAGGCAAAUACUCUACCAACUGAGCUAUAUCCCCAGCCCAAGAAUUGUCAUUUUCCAGUCAGCAAACAUUCAAAUAAAAAGAUAAGGGGUAUACAGAUCUUUGUCCUCAGGUAGCUUAUAACAAUAGGAGAGUUAAGGUAUUUAUUUCUAUUUGGGUUUUAGUAAUCUACUUAAAAAGUAAAGUACUGUAUCUGGAACAUGAGUGCAGAGUUGAGGAUACAAAAGUUGAAUAGAAUGUGUCACCACUGGUCCCUAUCUCCAGCAGAAGUUUAAAAAUACAAAGUGAGAGAAACAUGAACUAGAAACUAGUUAGGCUCUUAGUUUACCAUAGGAAUGAAGGGCUAAUAUAUGGUUUCCACAUCCCACCCCACCCCCCCAAAAGCUGGGUACCUGAAAUAGGGACUGCUUUAAAUUCUAGUUCCACCUGGCUGUUGACAGGAGUGAGAUGUACUCAGCUAUGUUCAUAAAUAGCUAUAGUUCAAAGCCUCAACCACAGAGGGAAGACCAUUCUCAAGAAGGGCACAGAAAACUGGCGUCUCUUCUUUCCUCCCGAUUUCUGUACUAAAUUGAAGUCUAUCAGCAAUUUUGCAUUAGAAAAAGAAGUCCAGAGAUUAGAGUAGGCGCAGAGCUGGCUAAGAGCUUUAGAACUUCCCUUUUCCUGGUACCCAGUCUUUCAGGGGCAGGGAGGUGAACCACAAACCCCGCAGCUGCCCGACUGAGAACCGGAUGGGUGCUCUCGUCCUCAAACCCAGGGCACAGCCAGGCCUGGCUGUGAGGUAGUGGGAGGAGGAGGAGGGAGAUGCUCUUGCGGCUGACCUUCAAAGGCUGUAGACCGGAGGGAUCUUGUUACAUGCCCUUGAACUCACGCCCCUCCCCCGUCAGCUUCCCUGAAUGGAGUCAGGAAUUCCAUUCACAAAAUGGAGGCUUGAAUGAAGCCGCCCUCCCGCCUCCUCCCGGAGGUGUCGGGUUUCAGCCUCUCAUUCAUAGGUGGGAGUGGAGGGGGAGGGCGGGAAGGGGUUGGAACUGGAAAGGGUGGCUUUACACAGCGGGUUCCCGAGGUGGAGUGGGGAGGUUUCAAUGCUAAGGAAUGGAAUUGAGUGCAAAGAGCUGUUAGACCUGAAAUAGCAACCCAGUGCCCACCGCUGCUUCCCCAGAUGCACGCACGCUCUGGCUCUCACGCACACGCACACGCACAGGCACAGGGCUGAGAACCUGACCUGUUGACCGGACGUUUGCCGGUUCCGAGGGAAUCUUAGGCGUGGACACCGAACCCUUUCUCCCCCGGAGGUUCAUCUCUCACUCCCCUCCUCCCCCUGAACUCACAGGAAACAGCUGCUCCCUGGAAUCUUGGGCCUUGUGGAACAGCUUGCCUAGCCCCAGCUGCUGCCAUCUAUGCCCUCUGCCCCAGCCCUCAAGCUGAGGGGCUCAAGCCUCGUGCUCCCUCUGGGUGAACUUCCCCUGGGAUUUGGUGGUGGGCAGGCAACUGGGAAAGGAACAGUCACCGGAAAGCAGGCUGGCAGGAAGAACUUGAAAAUGUCCCUGGGUGUGCAUCAAUGUACCUCCACACUGAGGGCUUCUCCGCGGCCUCCCCAGGUGAUGGGGCCAUGGGCUAUGGCUAUGAGAAACCUCUGCGACCAUUCCCAGAUGAUGUCUGCGUUGUCCCUGAGAAAUAUGAAGGAGACAUCAAGCAGGAAGGAGUUGGGGCAUUCCGAGAGGGGCCACCCUACCAGCGCCGGGGUGCCUUGCAGCUAUGGCAGUUUCUGGUGGCCCUACUGGAUGACCCAACGAAUGCCCAUUUCAUUGCCUGGACAGGCCGGGGGAUGGAGUUCAAACUAAUUGAACCUGAGGAGGUCGCCAGGCUCUGGGGCAUCCAGAAGAACCGGCCAGCCAUGAAUUACGACAAGCUGAGCCGCUCACUGCGAUACUAUUAUGAGAAAGGCAUCAUGCAGAAGGUGGCUGGUGAGCGAUAUGUAUACAAAUUUGUGUGUGAGCCUGAGGCCCUAUUCUCUCUGGCCUUCCCGGACAAUCAGCGUCCAGCUCUGAAAGCUGAAUUUGACCGGCCAAUCAGUGAAGAGGACACAGUCCCUUUGUCCCACUUGGAUGAGAGCCCUGCCUACCUCCCAGAGCUGGCUGGCCCUGCCCAGCCCUUUGGCCCCAAGGGUGGCUACUCUUACUAGCCAACAACAACUUCUUCCAUCAGGGGUGGGUGCUGCCCUGUGUACAUAUCAAUGAAUUUGGUGAAGGCCUCAUUCUAAAACCCACAGAUGUCUCUGGGGCAGACCCCUGCUAUCCCAUCAGUUGCCCUGUGGCCCAUAGAGUUGCUCACCAGAGUCUUUGGGAAGCAAAAGUGGAAAAAGGGCAAAUCUAAAGGUGGAAUCUCAGAAGCUCCCCGCUGGGAGGGGGUCACGUCCAUCCUCAGGAGUUCAGGUCAGCCUCUUCCUAAGUCCUACUUGGAGGCCUAAACCCUGUUUCCCUUCCCUACCAGAGAACAAGUGAUUGUUCUGUUUCAGGGGACAGAGAAGGAACUUCCCAAAUUUAUCCUUGCAGGCUAGCCAGGAAGUUCACUUGAGCUCCCCAGUUCUUACAUUGUGGGGAGGCAGAAGCCUAGACUCUACACUGUCCUAAGCUGUGGCCCUGGAGAACUUGGGAUGCCCGUUCUUGGUGCUCUCCUCCCGUAGGCAGGAACCUGGGAUGGGGAUACUGGACAGAGGCAGGGAGGGAUGGGUUCCAAGGGGCUCUUUGCCUCUCCUCUGCCUUUUCCUAGGCCCACCCAGGCUUGGGAUUCCACCUCCACUUCAUCUGCCAGACCUUAAUAAAGGCCCCUACUAUUA